UGUGGUGAGUGAGGAUAUAUAAACAGAUGAAGUGACCGUGACAGUUGGUUAGAGCGAUGGCGUGGAUUCAGCUUCUGUUCUUCUCUCUUCUUCUCUCCUUCACUCCUCUCACUACACUGUCUCGCAGCGUACCUGGUGAUGAUGUGGAGAACGCUGGUGAUGAUGGUGAUGGUGAUGAUGGUGAUGGGAAUAUAUGUGAAAGUAUCUGUGGGGGCAUUGACGAGGAACUAAAAAGCUGCUGCAGGAAACUGGCUGAGAAAAUAGAUUACAGCUUUAACGUGGAGAAAGAUCUGUUUGCUGUGAAGGAGCAGCUGAGAUGGAACAAACUGUUGUGUAUAAACUCCUCUCAGGUGUCCUCAGUGCAGCUCGCAGCUCUGCAGAACCAGCUGGACAGCAUGCUACAGCAGCUCGAGGAGAAAGGCACCCAGGGACCUUCUCAAACCAUGUCGAACAUCCUGCAGGAGUAUGUGAAAGCUCAGAAGCUUGAGUUGAACCUUUUAGCAGAGACAGAUCCAAAGAAGAUCACAGAGAUUCAGGAACAACUGAAAAAAUCAAAAGCUGAACUGGAGGUGCUGGUUGGGAACUUAAAUGAGAUAGAGUGCUAUACAGGGAACAGGAGCAGAGAUUUAGAGAAGGAGCUGAGUGAGAAAUCAGACAGGAUUUCAGAACUGCUUGGCGCGAAUCUGUAUAUGGAGGAGAAGAUUGCUGACACGCUGUCAGAAUGCAACGACCUUCAGGAAAAUUACAACAAUUUGGAGGAGAGGUUUGAUGAAGAAGAGGAAGAAUACAACCAACUGAAGGAAAAUUACAAUGAAUUAUUAAAGGAGGUGGAAAACAAUGGAAAACCCGACCCAGACCUGAAGCUGACUCUGGACAUUCUGCCUCUGAUCCAGGAAAUCAACAAGCUGGAGGACAGAAUCCGAUCUGAGACGUCAGAGUCGGAGAGAAACAAGCUAGAGGAGGAGCUGAGCGAGAAGAAGAAACAACUCGAAUCUAAAAAGAAGGAAUCAAACGAUCCAGAUACAAAUAAAAUUCUCACCAUAAUCUCCAAACUGGAGGAGCUGUGGAAGUUUCAGAAUGAGAACAUAGACGUGAACAGUUUGGACCAAAUCAAAGAUAAGAAAGAGGAAGUGCUUGGACUGAUCUCUGAACUGGACGACUCAAACCUGGCCAAAAUCGUGCUGAAGAACAUGGUUUUGCUGUCAGAUCAAACACAUCUACAAAGACUUAUGUCAGACAUCAAAGAGAAGGCAGACAAACAGAUAGCAGAACUGCAGAAGGACCUGAGGAAGAAGGAGGAGGAGCUGAAGAGGAAGACCACAGAACUGGCACAGAAGGACAGUAAUGUAGCCAAGCUCACCAAUGAUAUCAAGAAUUUGAAAGAAGAACAGGAGAAACUUAAAAAACAACAGAAAAACCUGGAGGAAACUGCAGCGUCACAGCUCGCAGAACUGCAGGAUCAGCUGGAUGAGAAGAAGCAGGAGCUGGAGAAAUGGAAAAACUCACUACAGAAGAAGGAAUCAGAGUUAGCAACAAAUGUAAUAAAGAUCACUGAGCUCCUCGAGAAACUCAGACAGACUGAAGAGGAAGCCAGCAGGAGAAGCCAGGAGGCUGCAAAAAGGAUAACAGAUCUGGAGGAUCAGCUGAAGCAGGAAGAGCUGAAAAAUAAAAGACUGCAGACUGCACUGAAGAAUGCCACAGAUUGCGAUAAGCUGAAGAAAUCCUACGACAAACUGAAGACUGAGUUUGAUGACACAGUUUUAAAGCUGAAUGACACACUGACUAAACAAGUGUUUACAGUGGAAGCACUCAGACAGGACAUACAGAGACUGGAGCAGGAAAUCCGCUCGUCAGAAGGAAACACUGAUGAGCUGAAACUGAGACUACAACAGAAGAAAGCAGAGCUGGAGGAGGCCAAAAAGAAUAUAAAGAAAUGGAGAAAAGAAACUCUGAAGAUUAAUCAAAUACUCGAGGAUUUGAGAAAGGUGGAAAAGAAGCAGGAGGAACACAUCCAGGAGUAUUUAGCCAAGAUAAGCCGACUGGAGAAGGACAUGGAGGAAUUGUUGGCUCAACUGACGGCCAGUGGAAACGAGAAGGCUACACUGUCCAUCCAGGUGAUCUUUUUAAAGGAGGAAGUGGCCCAGUUAAAUAAAGCUCUUGUGAGACUUGAAGAGCAGGAGCAAGAGAAGACUGCAGGUUUGGAGAAGGAGAUUGAAGAGAAGAAUAAAGAGAUUGCUUACCUAAACAAAAGCGGCUGUGGAACUGACCAACUCAAGAAGCAGAUAUCUAACCUGAAGCAGGAGCUGAGUGAGAAACAGCAGGAGCUGGAGCAGCUGAGGAGAGCGAACGCUGCACAGAUCAGGGAGCUGCAGGAUCAGCUAACCGAGAAGAACCGCAAGCUGGAGGAAGCCACACAGGAACUGGGGGAGCUCGACUCAGAAAACGCUAAACUGCUUGAUAAAUUAGGCAAUCUGAAUGCACAGCUGAUCGAACAGACAGGAGACCAAAAGCGUGAAGUUGGUGCUGCUCAGAAACGCAUCUCUGAACUGGAAAAGCAGCUGAAGAAAAAGGAGAAGGAAAUUUCAGACCUGAAUAACAGUAAUGCAGAAUGUGAGCAGCAGCUGAACCAAAAGCAGAGCGAAGUUUCAGACCUGAACAUCAGUAACGAUGAACUUAAAAAUCAGCUGAAGAAAAAGGAGAAGGAACUCACAAAUCUGAGUAACGCUAAUGCAGAUCAGCUGAAGAGGAAGGAGAAGGAAAUUUCAGAUCUGAUGAACAGUAACACAGAGCUUGAAGAUCAGCUGAAGCAAAAGGAGAAGGAACUUUCAGACCUGAGAGACAGUAAUGCAGGGGUGAAAGAGGAGAAUGAACGUCUGCGUGAUCAUCUGGCGACACUGAAUGAGACACUCAAGGCAAAAGAGAAGCUUGAAGAUCAGCUGAAGCAAAAGGAGAAGGAACUUUCAGACCUGAAUGAGAAGAAUGCUGAUGUGAUUAGAGAAAAUGAGCGUCUGCGUGUAGAUGUGGGGAAACUGAACAACCGAGUCAAAGCCCUGCAGAUAAGUGAUGAUCAGCUGAAGCAAAAAGAGAAGGAAAUUUCAGACCUGAAGAAAGUGAACACCAAGCUGCUUGAUGAGAAGAAGAAUCUGCAAGUAGAUGUGACCAACCUAAAGAAUCAAUUAGAGGAGAUAAAAAAAAAGCCAGUCACAGUCUCACCUCCAGGGACUCUAAAGUUUGACUCCAACACAGCUCACAAGAAUCUCCUGAUCUCUAAUGACCACCAGUCAGUGCGGGGUGUUAAGUACGCCCUCGAGCGACCCUACUCCCCGAGUCGCUAUGACACGGUGAUUGCUGCCCUCACAAAAACAGGCUUCAACAGUGGCCGAGCAUACUGGGAGGUACAGGUGAAAGAGCGCUUGUGCUACACUGUGGGUGUAGCAGCUGAAACUGCACCCAGAAAAGGAAAUAUCAGGUACCGUCCCAGUAACAGAUACUGGGUCAUACAGAAGGAGAACAAUCAGCACUACAUGCUAAUGGAACAACCUUUGCUGCUCCACCUCACGGACAAACUCAACGUCAUCGGGGUCCUCAUCGACUUCGACACCGGGGAGGUGGCCUUCUACAACUCUCAAACCAGAACAGUCCUCGGUAUCUUCAGGGGGAACAACUUCACUCAGAAGCUCUACCCCUUUGUGGCUACGUGUGGCCGAGAGGGUCCAGAGGACUGGCCCAUGGAGCUGCUGGAUACUGGCUUCCCAACAUGGCUUCCUAACUAACACAAAACAAAAAAUGCAUGCACGCAGGCACACACAUGCACACCACUAUAUAAAGCUUUAAAAAGAAUUAUACCUUUUUAACUUUUGCAUGGAUUUCUGAAAUAAAAACAGUCUGUUUUGCUUUCAA